AUGAUUAUGCGACACCAUCUCUGUGAGAACCUAAGAGACGAGUUUGGAUAUGUUAAUGAUCCUCAUAAUCUCUGGUCAUUUUUGAAUUUUAGAUUCUGUGAGCCAUUGUUGCACGAUUCCAAGAAAAAAUGGGAAGCUCUAAGGUUCCAGGAUUAUGAAUCCGUGGACAAUUAUCACUCUGAUCUUAUGAGAAUCACCUAUAGUCUUAGACUAUGUGGUGAAUUGGUAACAAACGAGGAUUUGUUAAACAAAACUCGUGACACAUUCCAUUCAGAGGAAGUGUUGUUAUCACAUCAGGCCAAAGGUUUCACCACCUAUUAUGACCUAUUCUCAUAUUUAUUAGACAUUGAGAAAAAGAAGCAGAAAAGGAUGGAUAACAUCAGACGGUUUAAUGACAUCAUGGAGAUAUGUUAUGAAGUACUAAACAGUGAGAUGAAAAUCCCUGAAGCUAAUAAAGCCACAUUUGAUAAGAAGAGAUCUGAGGAGGAUUCCGAGUGGGCACUCAUGGACCAUGAGGUCGGAUUAUACACUGAAUAA